GUGAACUGCCAUAAAACAAUACAUACCAUCAAAUCUGUUAUUCUAUCUACACACUUAAUUCGACUAUAUUUAAUCACACACCAACUCCUACCUUACAAUAACGCAAAUAUUCAGUACUAAUAUUUAAACAUAGCCAAAAAAAAAAAUGACUGCAUCCACUGAAUCCACUGAAUCCUACGAGAUUUUGUUCGGGGAGGCUCAGAACUUGGCCCCAAAAGGCCUCCCAGAAGGGGCAUGGUAUAUUGUUGUAGCGGCAACACUGAUCGCAACAGAUGGUGGCGCGCAUUUGGGUAAAUUAUAUAAAUAUAUUUUAAAGGGACUGGGCCAUAAUUCUACAUUAGAAAGUCGGCAAAAUGUCUCUCGACGAUUGCGCACCGUCAUCAUUAAAACAUGGACCCUUGUCGGCGUACCCCGUGCUAGUGACGGCUUGUUCUCGCUGAUCAAGGAGGAGGAUGAAAAGGACGCAGCUCAAGACUGGGACCGUAGUAAAUUUUUCGCAGAACCGGAUAAGGUUCUACUUCGGACGCAGGAAUGGUGGAGCCAAGUGUUUGGCGAAGAAUCUGCCAUCAUUUCCAAAUCCUAUGAGUCCAAUCCCGAUUUCUCAUGGACUGUUGACUUUAUAGUCUAUGGCCUCUUUUUAGCCGAUCUCUCAGUUUUAGGACCUAUCGAGAAUGAAUUGGUAGUCCUGGCCAGUGUGAUGGGCCAAGGGGCACAAAAUACAACCCGCUUCCAUCUUCGGGGAACUCGUCGCCUGGGAGUCAGUGCAAAGGACGCCGAAGGAAUCCAAAGUAUCAUUGAAACGAUUGCCCUGAAGCAGGGGAAAGACUCAAGUUCCUGGCCCCGCUUCAAGGAGGUUGAACAUCUUUUUUCAUAG